CAUCAACUAAUAAACCAAAUCAACCACUGUAUAAACCAAUUGACUGAUGAUUAUUCGACGAUUUGAAAAAAUUAGCAGCACUAACUACCUAUGUUAAGUUAAUGACCUCUCAAAGUUCAAAUUCGCUUUAAUUCCCAGCAAACACAGUACCGGGCCUAUUAGCGCCACCGCCAUCACAUUAUGCCCCCUCGAAAAAGUGACAGCGCUCGGCUGAGCAACGUAUCUAUGGCUCAAUUUGUCUACGACGGUUCCGACGCCGACACUUCUUCUACAUCCCUCCGACCUGUACCUGCUGCUCCAGCCGCUGCCGCUGCUCAAGCUGCCGCCACACUCGCCGCAGCAAGAGCGAAACCUACACCGUCUAUAGAAAUGGACUCUCACCGACCUGCCGAGGCCGCGCCUCCUGCUGAUAAGGAUAAGAAAGAAUCGAAAGAGAAUGGUGCCAAGGAUUCUGUCUCAAUCGAGGAUCUCAACCUUCCGAAGUCGAUAAUAACGCGCCUCGCGAAGGGUGUUUUGCCCCCGAAUACGCAGAUCCAAGCUAAUGGUAUCCUCGCUAUGAGCAAAAGCGCAACCGUGUUUAUUAACCACCUUGCGAAUGCGGCAAACGAGAGGACACAAGCAUCGAAUAAGAAGACGAUUAUGCCUGCCGAUGUCUUCAAUGCUCUUGAGACUAUAGAAUUCGAUUUCAUGCGGGAACGUCUCGAGGCUGAGUUCCAGAAAUUUAAUGAAGUUCAAACUACCAAGCGCAAUACCUACCGACGUAAGGUCGCCGCAGCUAAGAAGGCGGAAAAGGCAGCCGCUUCUCAGGAGGAUCCCAAUGCCUCCAUAGUAUCAACUUCGACCGUCGCAACCACGAACGCGCCUCGCGCUUCCAAGAAACAGAAGCCUAACGCCCCCGAUGAUUCUGCUAUGGAUAUCGAUGGCGCCGAUGCGACAGAAGAGCUGCGCGAUCAGAGCGACGCUGAGACAGACCCCUGAAGAAGAAGAGGAAGAUGAAGAAGAAGGUGCAGAGGGAGAAGAAGAACACGAUCAUCUAGAGGACCGAGCGCCGCAUGAUGAUCACGACGAUGCUCUUGACGAUGGAGAUAGUGAUUGAGACCAACCACUCGAUACGCAGGUACUACGACAUGCAUAUUUCCGUCAAGUUUAAUGAUGAAGGGACAUGGCGAAUCUGUCAUUAAGUUGGCGAUAAUUAUUUUGAGGGGCGACUAGAGUUGGAAACUCACUAUACGGAAAGAGGUGCGGGAAUUGUGAAUCUGUCACUACUCUCCCAUCACCCGGAGAUCGGGGAAGGUCGAGGUUGAAACUGGGACGAAUCAGCCCACUCGAAUUCGGCGACCUGGUUUUGGAAAUGCUCGUAUCUCACCGUAGCAUCGUAUGCUCUCCCAUUUCCGACCAGAGAGCACAAUC